AUGGCGUUUCUCUUUCGGAAUAAGCAAAAGAAUAAUCUUGAGCUCACGCGGUCCAUUAAAGAGCUCACCUUGCGGCUCGGACAAGAAGACAAGGCCAACCCCAAGGUGGAGGAAGGGCUUGCGAUAGACCUACAGCAAAUGAAGAUUAGGCUUCAGGGCACACCCGGUACUGUUGACGCUUCUUCAGCGCACCCUGUUCACAGCGCUGAUGCCCCCCAAGACACAGAAGUGAAUCCCGAGGCUGUGUUCCAACUUCUGACCAACAUAUUGAACGAAGACCUACUCUACGCCCUGGCCAUCAACAUCCACAAGCUGCCGUUCGAAUCGCGAAAGGACGCCCAAGUAAUCUUCUCGACGGCUUUCCGGUACAAGGCCGCCGGGCAGGCAACCCCCCAGGUCCUGGAGCAUGUCGUCGCGUUCCGGCCAGACAUAAUCAUUGCGCUAUGCAGAGGCUACGACCGGCGGGAGAGUGCCAUGCCAUGUGGCGGCAUCCUGCGCGAGGCGCUCAAGUUUGAUGCAAUCGCCGCGCUGCUUCUCUACGACGAGCCCAUGGAGGAUGGCCAGACUCUGGACCUAGGCAGCGUGAAUCCGGACCUACCUGCGUCGGGAAACGGCGUGUUCUGGAAAUUCUUUGGAUGGAUAGACAAGGGCGCCUUUGAGGUUAGCGCAGAUGCGUUCAACACGCACAAGCCACUCGUGGCCACGUUCCUACAAACCAACUUCGAUGCUUUUUUUACAAAGUACAACACGAUGUUGGUGCAGUCAGAAAGCUAUGUGACUAAGCGACAGUCUAUUAAGCUCCUGGGAGAAAUACUACUCGAUCGGGCCAACUACAACGUCAUGACGGCUUAUGUGGACUCUGGCGAAAACCUCAAGAUUAUCAUGAAACUACUUCGAGAUGAUAGGAAGAUGAUCAACUACGAAGGCUUUCACGUCUUCAAGGUCUUUGUCGCCAACCCGAAUAAAUCAGUCGCAGUGCAACGUAUUCUGAUUAGUAAUCGCGAAAGACUGCUUCGCUUCCUGCCUGCGUUUCUCGACGACCGAACAGAAGACGAGCAGUUUAUAGACGAAAAGGCCUUUUUGAUUCGGCAGAUUGAGUUGCUGCCGACAGCACCUGUGGCGCCGCAAAAAGCGGUAUCGAUGUAG